CAUAUUAUGACAAUUGAUGUCAUUGUCAAUUGACAAAACAACAAGUUCACUUACAUCAACUUGGAACUUCUAUUUCGAAUUUCGAUUUUCGUCGUUCUUUCUUAUUUUAUUUGGAUUUGCGGCGGCGCGAGGUUCCAGGAUGUCGUACUGCAGCAGCGUGAGGCACGUGUUCCGCGGAGCAAGUUUUCAGAAAAGGGGAAUUUUGUGCAAUCUAUUGGUGACCUCGCAGCGGCUUUCACAUAGUAAUGUGCCGGCGGAGGCGCGCGCGCUGGAGAGCCCCACGGAUCCUCUCAUGGACCUGCACGGUCGCAAACAUGACUAUCUUCGCAUUUCUCUUACUGAGCGAUGUAAUUUAAGAUGCCAGUACUGCAUGCCGGCCGAGGGCGUGCGGCUGAGCGCGCGCUCGGCGCUGCUGUCGCGCGACGAGCUGCUGCGGCUGGCGCGCGUGUUCGCCGCGCUCGGCGUGCGCAAGCUGCGCCUCACGGGCGGCGAGCCCACCUUGCGCGCCGACCUGCUCGACGUCGUGCGUGCGUACACUCUCCCCACACAUGGCCCACAACACCACACUCAUGUCAGCCGGGCGUGCGGCUGAGCGCGCGCUCGGCGCUGCUGUCGCGCGACGAGCUGCUGCGGCUGGCGCGCGUGUUCGCCGCGCUCGGCGUGCGCAAGCUGCGCCUCACGGGCGGCGAGCCCACCUUGCGCGCCGACCUGCUCGACGUCGUGCGUGCGUACACUCUCCCCACACAUGGCCCACAACACCACACUCAUGUCAGCCAGCUCGUGCCGUGCGCAGGCCAGUACUGCAUGCCGGCCGAGGGCGUGCGGCUGAGCGCGCGCUCGGCGUGCGCAAGCUGCGCCUCACGGGCGGCGAGCCCACCUUGCGCGCCGACCUGCUCGACGUCGUGCGUGCGUACACUCUCCCCACACAUGGCCCACAACACCACACUCAUGUCAGCCGGGCGUGCGGCUGAGCGCGCGCUCGGCGUGCGCAAGCUGCGCCUCACGGGCGGCGAGCCCACCUUGCGCGCCGACCUGCUCGACGUCGUGCGUGCGUACACUCUCCCCACACAUGGCCCACAACACCACACUCAUGUCAGCCAGCUCGUGCCGUGCGCAGGCCAGUACUGCAUGCCGGCCGAGGGCGUGCGGCUGAGCGCGCGCUCGGCGCUGCUGUCGCGCGACGAGCUGCUGCGGCUGGCGCGCGUGUUCGCCGCGCUCGGCGUGCGCAAGCUGCGCCUCACGGGCGGCGAGCCCACCUUGCGCGCCGACCUGCUCGACGUCGUGCGUGCGUACACUCUCCCCACACAUGGCCCACAACACCACACUCAUGUCAGCCAGCUCGUGCCGUGCGCAGGCCAGUACUGCAUGCCGGCCGAGGGCGUGCGGCUGAGCGCGCGCUCGGCGCUGCUGUCGCGCGACGAGCUGCUGCGGCUGGCGCGCGUGUUCGCCGCGCUCGGCGUGCGCAAGCUGCGCCUCACGGGCGGCGAGCCCACCUUGCGCGCCGACCUGCUCGACGUCGUGCGUGCGUACACUCUCCCCACACAUGGCCCACAACACCACACUCAUGUCAGCCAGCUCGUGCCGUGCGCAGGCCAGUACUGCAUGCCGGCCGAGGGCGUGCGGCUGAGCGCGCGCUCGGCGCUGCUGUCGCGCGACGAGCUGCUGCGGCUGGCGCGCGUGUUCGCCGCGCUCGGCGUGCGCAAGCUGCGCCUCACGGGCGGCUAG